ACAUAACGCGACCUUGAAAACCCGUGUUGUUGACUUCCAUAUGAUCCUUCAGCAUAAAAGAAAGUAUAGACAGGGUUCUUCACACCCUCAUUACAACAUAUCUUCAGAUUGGAUGCACUCCUGCUGAAGAUUGAAAGUUACGGUUAUUUUGCAUCUUGCAGCAUAUAUGACUCCGGGAUGUUUAUCAAUAAAGAUAUUCUCUCUAGAUUAUUACUUUGCGUUGCCAAAUGAUUUACUGGAUAUAGGGUAUUCAAAGUUUGCAAGAUGUUUUUCACAUCGAAUCCCGAUUAUUCGAGUUUAUGGCACAACACAUACAGGCCAGAAAAUAUGUGCCAAUGUACAUGGGGUUUUGCCGUACAUUUUCGUUGAGCUGCCAAAUGUGGAGUCAGAUAUUCAAGAAUUCGUCCAGUCGUUUGUUCUCAGCCUUGAAAAAUCCAUUCGUGCAAAGCUUAGCACUCUUAAUGUCAAAGAUGUCAUAGUUUUUGACGCUGCCGUGGUAUCUGGUUUUUCGAUAUACGGUUAUCAUGAAUCAAAAAAACCUUUCAUCAAGCUUUACCUUGUGGACCCCAGUUUGGUUUCCGUUUGUUCCGAGAUAUUGCUGAGUGGGGUCGUAUUAAAUCGCCCCUUUCAAACUUAUGAAUCACAUAUUCCAUACCUAUUACAGUUUUGUGUGGAUUAUAAUCUGUUCGGUAUGAACCUGCUUUAUGCAGGGUAUUUCAGAUUCCGUACCUCAAAUUCUGUAGGAUUUCCGUCGUUGGUAAGGAGCUCGGAAAAUAUAUGGAAUCCCGAAAAAUUUGGUCCGGAAUAUCUUCUAUCACCAGACUCUAUUCCGAAAUGUACAAGUAUGGAACUAGAAGUUGAUAUAUCUGCUUGGGACAUACUGAAUCGUCGAGAUCUGCAAGAUAAUUUAUCUAUAAAUCCUGGCCUAGAAGCUAUGUGGCAUGAAGAGAAAAUGCGUCGUGCAUCAAAAUGUAACAUUUCAAAUGAAAGACUACCUGAAAUGCCUACUCCUGAUGAAUUAUUACCAAUUAAACAGAGUGGUGUAGUUGAUUUGUCAACAAGUGAAAUGCAUUAUCUUACUCAAUGGACUAAUUUACUUUAUGAUCAAUAUACAUCUUUGGAACUUCAACAAGAUAUAAACUGUACAGAUUCAUCUGAUCCGAAUGAGUACAUUUCUAAUUGGCUUGAAUCCAGUCAAACAGAUGAUGAUAAUUUUGAUUGUGAUUAUGACGAUAAUGACGACAAACUGGACAUUAAUUACAAAGAGGAUGCUUCCGAAGAAGUUAAUAAUACUCAAUUGUCCGCUACUGUUCAACAUACUCAAGAAUCAAUUGAUUUAAAGUCUCCCAUUAAUAGUACUCUACAGCAACCGCUGGUUAAAACAAAAUCAGUUAGUAGUUUUACAACGAUAAGUUCAGCUGGUUUAGAAGACCUUUGUCGUUUAGCCAAUGCAAUUGAAGAAUUUGAUGCAUGGGUACCAACACCCGAACAAUUGGAUCAGUUGCUUAAUAAUGUAGAAUAUCCUGCAGAAGUUCAUUCUUCGUUGAAUGCAACAAAUAUUCAGCAUCCUCGACUAUUGACUAAUGAUGAUGAUGAUGAUGAUGAUGAUGAUGAUGAUGAUGAUGAUGAUUGGAUUUGUAGUCCUAUUGAAUUGGCUAAGAACAAAAUAUUUGAUAACAAUGUUUUGAACAGUACAUUGAUUAGUCGAAAUUCAGUCAUCGACCAGUCCAAUGUCAUUGGUAUAGACAAAGGACAGGAUGAUGACAAAACUUUAAUUUUAAAUGCAGCACAAUGUGCUCUGUCGUUUGUAUGCAGUCAACAAUCGGAGGUAGAUAAACCAACAGUUGGAAGUCUCUGUGCUACAAAAAAUGAGAUAACUGAAGAUGAUGAGUGCAUGUCUCAGCCUGUUGGAAGUUAUUUGGAUAGUGAUGAUCUAUUCUACUCUAUAAAUCAUUCUAAUGAAGUGUUUAUCCCAACGCAAGAUUUGGAAUCACUUCAUGAAAUCGAUGAGGAUGAUGAGGAAUCAUGUGAUGUGUUCCAUUUAAAUUCAACUCCUUUACAAAACAAGAAUAUGAAUGAACAAAUUUUCCAUGCACAGGAUGAAUGUACAUUGUCUGAUUCUCCUAUAAUUCUUUCACCUUUAUGUCGGUCUGCAGAAAAUUCUCCAACAGAUGUCGCUGGGAAGAUUUUGAAAUCUAACUUUCAAGUUGAUAGUGUUUCAGAUAUACUUUUUGAUUCUUGGAGUUCUGAAAGUGAUACUUCAAAGUCAGGUAAUUGUAUACCUCAAGUCGAUGGAAACGUGGAUACAUUUCACACUGAUAGUGAUGGUGAUAAUCAGAGUAGUAGUACAAGUACUUAUUCUUCAAAUACUACUGUACUUAAAGCUAAAGGUGAAAGAAAUCGUCCUAGAAAACGUCGACGUCUUAGUCUACGUUUACCGAGAAAACACAUUUCAACUACUCAAAUUACGAAUACACAAAGUACUUGUACAACAACAUCAAUUAUAUCGUCAUUUAGUUCAUCUAGCCUUCAAUUGAAUGAUAUUGAUACUAGUGUUUCUACUGAUAAUGUUUCAUUGAACAAAUCAACUUCAAUUGUAAACAAAAAUCAAUCUGUUUUUGAAGAAAACUUACUCACUGAUCUUAACAACUCAACAACUUGUCAUUCUUCUACUGUAAUAAACUAUUCAGUAUCUAAUAGUAAUAAUCUAUCAAAUCCUGUUGUCCUUCUUGAACGUUUACCAUCACAUUUUGAGGUAGCUGAAACAUCUUUUCAACAAUCAGGACGUUUAACACCCCCUGAAGAAUUUUCAGAUCUUGAAAAUACUAUGAUAGCCAAUUCAGAGACACAAACAUCAAAAAUGAAUUAUUCAUCAGUUGUUUUGUCUGAACAACAACCUCUAUUUUCUUCAUUUCAUCAUGAUUUUCAAGAUACCACAUGUUCACCAUAUACUUCCAGUUUAUAUACAGAUAAACUAAGUGUUUGUUCACAAACACAAUUAUCGCCGUUUAGUGGUAUGGAUCACCGAUCUACAAUUCAAUCAGAAAAGACAUCAUCAUCUUCACUCUCCUCUACUCCAUUUUGGCGUCCAGUAUAUCCAGCACCUAGAUUAGAGGUUGUAAAUAAGUGGCUUAAACAAUCAAAAACAUCACAGGAUUUUAAAAAGUCAAAAGUUGUGAAGGAAGAUUUCGUUUGUACGGAUUCACAAUCAGAAAAUGAUAAAGCGAUCAACCUUUCGAAUGACUUAUUUCCACAGUGUAUAGCUGUUAAUCUAAUAUCAUCGACUAAUAAUGAACAAAAUAUCAAUGACGAUUAUCAAACACUUUUAUGUCCACCGGAUAAUGAACAAUCUAUUGAUACAACACAACAUUCAACUGGUAAUUCUGUUAGCGUUUUAUAUCAAGGUGCUAAUCAACGUUGUUUCUCAUCGGUUCAGGUGGAUCAUACAACUGUAGCCAGCUUAGAAUUACAUUGUUCUAGUCGUCUAACAAAAUCACAUACUGUAUCAUCUAAUCAAACAGAAUCGAAAAUAACCAAAAAAUCAUUAUUAAAAUGUGGUCUAAUUCCAGAUCCAUCUUUUGAUCCUAUUCAAGUUGCUUGUCUUAGUUUUUUGUAUCCACAACAAUCAUCUACAAUAGAAUCAACCGAUAAUACUCAUCGAACUAAUUUAUUUGUUUUAAUUCAUUCUGAAUUAUCUAAUACUACAAAUAUCGGAUUAUUUAAACAAUCAUUUAAUAAAUAUUGUCAUGGAUUAACAAAUUAUGGUUAUGGAAAUAAUAGACAUCAAUUACAACAUAUAAUUCCUUGUAUCAUUUGGUGUUCAACUGAAUGGAAUCUUAUAUCUUGGAUUGUUUAUUUAAUUCAAACAUUUGACCCUGAAAUAUUGAUUGGUUAUGACAUUGAACGUUUUUCAUGGGGUUAUCUUGUUGAACGUGCCAAUCAUCUUGGACGACGCACCUUUACUAGAGAAUUAUCGCGUUUAGCAUCAGACAUUAUAAACUGUCCUCAUUGUCAUCAGUGUAUUGCUAAAUGCAUUAAAAUAGUUGAAACACCACCACCAACAUCAUCUUCAUUGUCUGCCGCUACUACAAACAGCAGUAUUAAUAGUUGUAUUUUCACUGAAAGAAACAGUCCUUGGCAUUUUAAUACUCAAGAAUUUGUUAAUGAUCUAAAUGACCUAUGUAAUUGUCCAUGCAGUCCGUUGUAUUCCACAAUAAUAACAAACAAACAGUCGGAUCAUGCUAAUAACGCUAAUAAUAAUUAUCGUCGCAUAUGGCCAUGUGAUUCAGCUGCUGGACGUACUGGAGGUCCAUUCGCUUGUCCCGGUCGUGUUGUUCUAUGUUUUUGGAGGAUUUUAAUGCAUGAAGUCAGUUUAUUCGAGUACAGUGUAGAGACUGUAGUGUAUCAUUUGUUGAAGGAAUUUAUGCCUCGUUAUACAUUUGCACAGUUGAAUGAAUGGUACAUGAAUAUGAAUGGAGCUAACCGCUGGCGCACAAUCGACUAUUGGAUACGUCGUUCUAUUGUAAAUCUGAAGUUAUUGAAUACUUUAGAUUUAAUUGGUCGAACAAGUGAAUUUGCUCGUAUAUUUGGCAUUGAAUUCUAUCAUGUUCUAUCUCGUGGUUCUCAGUAUCGAGUUGAAUCUCUUCUCUGUCGAAUUGCAAGACAAUCAAAUUUUAUUUUACCUAGUCCAAGUGUUACACAACGUGCUCAUCAGCUUGCUCCAGAAGGGAUUCCAUUGAAUUUAGAACCAGAAAGUGUAUUUUUCAUUGAUGGUCCUGUGGCUGUUCUUGACUUUCAAUCAUUAUAUCCUUCUGUUAUAAUCGCUUAUAAUUAUUGUUAUUCUACACUGUUGGGACGUCUUUCAUGUCUUCUUGAAGGUGAAGAAGUUUCAUUCAAUCUUGGUUGUUUAUCACAUUCACUUCCAUCUGGUCUGAUCAAGAGAAUCGGUCGAGAAGUUAAUAUAUCACCAAAUGGAGUUGUAUUUGUGAAAAAAUCAAUAAGGGAAGGAAUUCUACCACGCAUGUUAAAACAGCUGAUUACAACUCGUUUAAUGGUGAAAGAUUCAAUCAAAUUGUAUAAAACAAAUAAGUGUUUGAACAGAUUAUUAGAUGCACGACAGCUUGGAUUAAAAUUAAUGGCCAAUGUGAUAUAUGGUUAUACUGCGGCAAGUUUUUCUGGACGUAUGCCGUGUGUAGACAUUUAUUAUCCAUGUCUAUUGGAAGCAAAGAAACGAUAUGUUGGUUAUGCUUAUGAAACUGUUGAACAAAAUAAACCUGUAUUUGAUGCAAAAGGAAUUGAAACUGUAAGACGUGAUAGUUGUCCAUUUGUAGGACAAGUUCUUGAAGAAUAUUUUAAACUUUUAUUUAAUCAUUUCACUAUUCCAAAAUGUUUGAAAAAUGUGGAAGGGAAUUCCCAUGAAGAUAAAGUUCAUCAACCUUAUGAACAUUUGGAUAAAAGAUUAAAACUUGCUGAAAAUAAUCUAAGAAAUAAAAUUCAACAUUUUGCCUAUCUUCUUAUACAUGGUAGAAUACCAUUUUAUAAAUGUAUAAUUACUAGACCCUAUUGGGGAUUAUCCUCUUAUAAACCGGGAACAUUUGCACCAGCAUUACAAGUUGCCAAACGUCUUCUUUCUAUGGAUCCACGAGGUGAACCAUUGCGUGGUGAACGUGUUGUUUAUUAUGUAACAGCUGGAAGAUCUGAUCAAACUUUAUUAUCAUGUGUUCGAAGUGUACAUGAAAUUUAUCCUUCUUUAUGGAUUACUGGGAAAUCCACUUUAUCACGUCGUGUCCUAGGACCACGUUUAAAUUAUGCUUAUUAUUUAGAUAAACAAUUUCUACCUCCAAUUGAAAGAAUGACACAAGUUAUUGGUUGGCGUGUUCGAAAUUGGUUAUCAGAACUUCCUCGUUACUUCACUUCUAAACAUCAUCGAUAUAUUUUAACUUCCGAACCGUCUCAUGUUUAUCCUUCAAGACCUCAACAUCAAUUCACUAAUCUAGGUUCACCAUCUUCAUCGUUUAUUUUAUCUCCUAAUUCAUCACAGCUUGAUUUAAUAUCACAAAAUCAACGUAAACAUCUUUAUCGUCCUUCAUCAGUUAUGCGUGCUUUUGUUGGUCAACCACCACGAAUUUGUCCUAGUUGUGAAACAUUAAUACCAAAUACUAGUUUUACUGAUCAAUUAGGUCAUUGUAGAACUUGUAUUGAUGGUAAUUCACGAUUAAUGAAUAUUGGAACUAUAAAAUUUGGUUGUAAUAUUCAUCAUGUACAAUCCCAAUUGAAUCAUUUAGAGACAAUAUGUUCAUAUUGUACAAUCCAUCAUGGUAUUACAUGUGAUCCUAUAUGGUUAUGUAAUAAUUUUUUUUGUCCAAUCCAUAGUCAACGUUUAAUUGCUUCAACUGAUUUAGCAUUAUUUUGGACACAUUAUAAUAGAUGUUUAAAACAAAUGGAUACGAUUAAUUCAUGUUCAUAUCAUUCCAAUCACAAUAAUAAUUCAAUACCUGAUAUCAAUGUAAUUAAAGCAAAACAUUUGGAACAUCAAUCAAUAUCUCAUUUAAAUAUAAUCAAUAAAAAACAUUUGCAUCGUAAUAGUAUCCAAGGCAUGAAUUCAAAUGAACAAAACAUUAUUCAUCACCUAGAUACUACUACUAAUACUACUACAAUAUUACCAUUAUGUAAUUCACGUAAAUCAUCUAAAUUAUAUUCAUUUAAUGAAAAUAUAAAUAAUUAUGAAUUAAGUCUUAAUGAAGCACAAUUAUUAACAGAAGAAACAUCGAAAAAAUUAAAUCAAAUCAAAUAUAAAAUGAAUUCAUCACAGAAAAUUUAUUGUUGUUACCAUGGUAACAAUUAUCAUCGAAAAUGUAGAAAUAAUAAAAUAAAUCCAGAAGAAAAUUUAAUUCAUUUAACAAAUCGUGGUGAAAUAUUAGAGAAUCCAAAUCUUAUAUUUAAUUAUGUUAAAGCAAAUGAAACAGAAAGACUCGUUGAAAUCUUAGCUUACAAUCCAUUAAUAAUAUACCAAUGUGACUCAAAUCAACGUACUUUACUUCAUUAUGCUGCAAUGAAAGGUUAUUUGGAUUGUGCAAGUGUUUUAGUUGCACAUAAAGCAAGGAUUAAUGAACCAGAUCAAUAUGGUAAUCUUCCAAUACAUUUAGCUGUUAAAGAAGGACAUUUACUUGUAGUACGUUAUCUAUUAAGUAUUAAUGCUGAUCCAACUAAACCAAAUAAAGAUGGUCUAUUACCAAUACAUAUAGCAUGUGAAAAAAAUUAUUUCGGUAUAUUAAAGGCAUUAUUAGAAUUGGAUAGUGUUAAUGUAAAUGCAGAAGGUGAACGAGGAGCAUCACCAUUACAUUAUUGUUGUAUACAUGACAGUGUGGAAUGUAUGGAGAUACUUUUAAACAAAGGGGCUAAUAUAUUCUCCCAUGAUUUAGAGCAUACCUAUCCGGUACAUGUUGCUAUAGCUAAUGUUAGUCGUAAAUGUUUAAAUUUAUUAUUUAAAAUGGAAGCUUAUUUACAAGGGAACAAUUUAAAUCGAUCAAUAGAAUCACAUGACAUGAAAUCAUCAAUCACUAUGGCAACACAACGUACCCAUGUAUUACGUAAUAAUAAUAAUAAUCACAUAGUGAAAUAUGAUUUAGAAAAUCAAAUUCAAUUUAAUCAAUCUGAUAUAAAAAAGAAAUCGAUCGAUUUAAAUCAAUCUGAUUAUCAACGAAGUCAGCAAGAGAAUUGUUUAAUUCAUUUAACUGAUUGUGAAGGUGAAACUCCAUUACAUGCAGCAGUUACAUCAGGGAAUUCAGAUAUGGUUAAAUUUUGUUUAGAGCACAAUGCAUUUAUAUUAGCUAAACAAAAUGAUGAUUCAACACCGGUACAUUAUGCAUGUAUGAAAGAUGAUUUAGAAUGUGUUCAAUUAAUGUUUGAUGCGGAUCCAUCAAUUAAAUCAAUUGUUCUACAAAUGCAAGAUAAAAAUGGUUAUACACCAUUACAUUUAGCCGCUGUUUAUAAUCAUGAAAAACUGGUUACAUAUUUAGUUGAACAGGGUUCACCUUUAGAAAUGACUGAAACAAAUGGAUGGACACCAUUAUUAUUAGCUGCUAUGAAAGGAGCUUUUCAAACAUGUAUUCAAUUACUUCGUCUUGGAGCAAAUCCUAAUGCACAUGAUUCCAGUAAUCGUAAUUUAGUUCAUUUACUGAUGUUAUUUCAAGGUCCAGGAAUCAGAACAGUCCUACCAGAGGUGAAUGAUGAGGAAUUAUUUAAACGAUUAGUCAAUGAAAAAGAUAAAUAUGGUACAACACCAUUACAUUAUUCAACUAAAAUGGGUAAUUUAGGUGCUACAAUAGAAUUUGUACUACGUGGUGCUUCUGCAUUAGAACGUGAUAAUGAACGUAAUACAUCAUUACAUACAGCUGCAUAUUAUGGUCGUUUACAUACAUGUGAAAAAUUAUUAGCUACAUCACAUGGUAUGAGAGCAAUGAAUUGUCCAGAUGCUGUUGGACGUUUACCACUUCAUGUUGCAGUUGAACAUGGACAUAUAGAAAUUGUGAAAAUGUUUAUUGAUCGAGGUUGUCUAUUUCGAAAAUGCCAUUUAGGUAAUACACCGUUACAUUAUGUUUCAAUUGGUGGUUGUAUAAAAAUAUGCAAAUUAUUAUUACAAUCAAGUCCAUCUUUAUUGAAUCAAACGAAUUUUCACGGAAUGACUGCAUUACAUUAUGCUGCCAAAGAGAACAAUGCAGAAGUAUUAGAUUAUUUACUGACAUCAAAAGCAAAAAUUUUACCUGAUAAAGAUGGUAUAUACUUUGUUACAUAUGCUUUACAACGUAGAAAUUAUGAAACAAUGAAAGCUAUUGUUACACAUUCACGUUGGCCAGAACUACAUGGAAUGUUAGACAAUACAUCUCAAUGUCCAGUGGAUGGAUUUAUUCGAAAUAUGCCAUCAAUGUGUAAACUUGUUUUGGAUCAGUGUAUUAAAGAGAUUGGCACGAAAAAUACUCUUGAUCAUGAAAUAUUCUAUGACUUUUCAAUACUUCAACGACCCAUGAAUCCUUGUGAAAAACCACCACAGGAUCCUAUGAAACGUAUCAAGUUAAUGGUCGAGUUGAAACGUGAAGAGUUAUUGAUUCAUCCACUUUGUAAAGCAUAUUUAGAAAGAAAAUGGCAAACUUAUGGACGUUGGGUUCAAUUAUGUGUAAGUGUUUAUUAUGCUGUUUUAUUAUUGGCAAUUACUUGUUUGGUUUUGGGUCAUAGUCCAAUACGUCAUGUAGAAAAUAUUGACAAAAUAUCAAGUUGUUCUGAACUGUUUUAUGAAACACCAACAAGAAUGUAUAUAUUUUCAACGAUUGCUGCAAUUAUCUUAGUUCUAACAGCUUUAGAUUUAAACAUUAAAAUAUGGCAAUUAAUAACUCAGAAAUAUGAAUAUUUUAGAGAUUGGAAUAAUUAUUUAGAAUUUUUAUUAAAUGCAUUAGCAAUGACUUAUUCAGCAUUAACAAUAAAGAAUCAUUUAAAUCAUCAUUAUAUUGAAUUAGGUGUAGUUGUAAUGUUUUUGGCAUGGUUUAAUUUUCUAUUACAAAUGAUGAGAUUUAAACAUGUUGGAAUAUUUGUUGUCAUGUUUUUGCAUGUAUUUGCAACUGUUGGAAAGUGUUUAGUUGUAUUCUCUGUGGUGUUUAUUGCAUUCGCACUGUCAUUUCAUGUUUUGUUUCGAGCUCCCAGUUAUUCAGACACAAUAACAUCAUCCUCAUCAUCAUCAUCAUUGAAUCAAUCAAUAAUCGAUUAUUGUUUUCCAAUAAUUCAUGAUAAUGAUUUUAAUAAUAAUAAUAAUAAUAAUAAAACAAAUUUAUCAAUAUCAUUAGAAUUGAAACCAUUUCAAUAUUUAAGUUUAUCAUUAUUUAAAACAUUAAUGAUGAUGUUAGGUGAAUAUGAGCAUACAGCAACUAUUAUAGAACCAUAUAUAGGAAAUCAUUCAUUUCAAUUACAUUAUCCAUUGAUAACAUUCUUUUUCUAUACAACAUUUAUAUUUCUUGUACCAAUUAUAUUAAUGAAUUUAUUAAUUGGUUUAGCUGUUGGUGAUAUUGAAAAUGUUCGAAGAAGUGCUGUACAACAUUUAAUUUCUCAACAAGUUUAUUGGUUAGCUGAUUUAGAACCAAAAUUAACUGGAAUAUUUCGUUCUAAAUUAUAUAAAUCAAAUUGGAUGAAAAAAACUAAAUUAAAUAAGACUACAGGUUUCUUAGAUAAAUCUGGAUUCGAAACGACAUAUGAAGAAAAUCUAAUACAAAAGUAUCUUAAAGAAGCAGUUAAAAAAAUAACUUCUAUUGACAAAGAAACUAAAUUACAAACAACUAGAAUGGCUGCAAUCAUUGAAAAGUUAGAAAUUCGAUCAAAAGAAUUUAAUAUUGAUGAAGGUGUCUAUCCAAGAGGGGUUUCUGGUUUAGAUCGAAUUAUGGAAAUGGAUUAUGCAAUUCAUUGAUGAGUAAAAACAAAAGGAUGGGACGAAAUGAAGAUGAACAAAACAAAAAAGAAAUUCGUUCUGAUUUCAACAUUUGAAAGUUCCUAUUGUCUUUUACAUUUGAAAUGAAC